UCCUGCAGGCACCAGCACAGCCAGAGUAAGCGCCUCGGCCACCCGGGGGGGCUUCCAGGUGAACCGCACCCCUCGGAAGCUAUGACAGAGGCUGGAAGGCUGCCCCCACCGCUACCCCCACGACUAGACUGGUUUGUGCACACCCAGGUGGGCCAGCUGGCCCGAGGCGGGGUCCCCGAGUGGUUCCAUGGUGCCAUCUCAAGAGAGGAUGCUGAGAACUUGCUGGAGUCACAGCCACUGGGAUCUUUUCUCAUCAGAGUCAGUCACAGCCACGUGGGCUAUACACUCUCCUACAAGGCCCAAAGCUGCUGCCGCCACUUCAUGGUGAAGCUCUUGGACGAUGGGAGUUUCCUGAUGCUGGGGGAGAAAGUGGCCCACGCCUCACUGGACGCCCUGGUCACCUUCCACCAGCAGAAGCCAAUUGAGUUGCACGGGGAGCUGCUGACACAGCCCUGUGGGCAGAAUGAUCCAGCAAACGUGGAUUACGAGAAUCUCUUCCUUUUCUCUAAUUCAUUGGCUGAGGAAGCUGCCAGCCCCGCCCAGGGCCCAGCAUCAAAGGAACAUCAAAGGCUUUCCUGCUGUCUGGUCGCACGUGAGGAGGCCUCUCCAAAGCCAGUCUUGCCCUAUCAGCCAGAAGAAAAGAAGCCAUUGGCAGAGAUGGACAGAGUACUCAGAGAGGAAGGCUCUUCCUCUUACCUCCUGAAAUCCCCUCUUCAGGACAUGCACCAGAAACUCUGGAGGAACCUCAAAACGCUCCCCGAGAGGGGCAAGAGGGUCCAACAACAGCUGAAGUCCCACCUCAUGUCUGUGAGUUUGUCACCACUCUGGGAUGCUGGAAAAUCAACAGUGACCUGUGGCUCCAGAGACAGGGCAGGCAGCUGGAAGCACCCAGGUGACACAGCCCAGAAGGACAAUGUCUGCAGGGCUACAUCCCUUAAGAGCCCCUUUUGUUCUCAAACUCCCAGCCACAGAAAUUUCCCUUUCAGGAAGAUCAAGCGGUCCGUCAGCUGGAAUGAGGUAAACUCAUGUGAUAGGAGCUGGAACCAAUCAGUAGUAAGGGCCCUGUCUUCCCAGGUGUCCAAGCCAGAGCUGAGGGACUUGGCAGAGCCCCAGGAGGACUGGCUUCCAGAGGAAUACCGCCUGCCACCACCCUUUGCCCCUGGGUACUGCUAAAGAAGGGGUUCACCCCAGCUCUAGGACCCUUGCUAUCAUAGACUGCCACACCCCUGGAUAUCCUUGCUCUGCCAUGGCCCCACGCCACUCCUCAGGAACCCAGGAAAUACAAUAAAGCUGUUUUUUUGUUUUUUUUUUUUUUGCUGUUUUUGGCCGGCGCCAGGUUUGAACCCACCACCUCCUGUAUAUGGGGCUGGCGCCCUAUUCCUUGAGCCACAGGGGCCGCCCACAAUAAAGCUAUUUUGUGGGUCUGGUUCUAAAUUCAACAAUGGAGUGACCUGGUUAUUUUAGUAACAAUAAUCAGAGUUAAAGCCAUGGUUCCAAGAACCUACCCCACCCUCUUCUCUUUCUUUUUCACCUCUGAGCAAACCCAUCAGAUAGGGUCAUUCUCUAUGUUUUAAAGAAGAGGCUGAGGCUCAGAGAAGCAAAGAGGCAUGACAAAGGCCACAGACUGGAGCUCCAGGAUCUGAAGUGGAUGAGUCUGAGCUUUUUUCCCCACAUAGUCUGUUCUCUUCUCUAAAACCAGAGCUGCACCUGGGCUCACCUUCUGGUAUGUUCUUGCCUGGCUAUUGACACCUUCCUCCUGUGGCUUCUAUGCAAAUUAAGGAGAUGAGAUGUGUUGAGGGCUCCAUAAGGGGCUAUGACAUCAUCAGUGGCAGUUUCAGGAAAGUGAGCCCUUUUUCUUUAAAAACCGGAGGAGGUGGGCGACGCCUGUGGCUCAGUGAGUAGGGCACCGGCCCCAUAUACCAAGGGUGGCGGGUUCAAACCCAGCCCCAGCCAAACUGCAACCAAAAAAUAGCCGGGCAUUGUGGCGGGCGCCUGUAGUCCCAGCUGCUCCGGAGGCUGAGGCAGGAGAACCGCAUAAGCCCAAGAGCUAGAGGUUGCUGUGAGCCGUGUGACGUCAUGGCACUCUACCCAAGGGCGGUACAGUGAGACUCUGUCUCUGAAAAAAAAACAAAAAAGAACCGGAGGAGAUGGUUUGGUGCCCCUUGCACAAUGGUUACAGUGCCAGCCACGUGCACAAAGAGGCUGGCAGGUUUGAACCCGGCCCAGCCCAGCUAAGCAACAAUGACAACUCCAACAAAAAAAUAGCUAGGUGUUGUGGCAGAUACCUGUAGUCCCAGCUACUUGGGAGGCUGAGACAAAAGAAUCGUUUAAGCCCAAGAGUUUGAGGUUGCUGUGAGCUGUGAUGCCACAGCACUCUACCGAGGGUGACAUAGCAAGACUCUGUCUCAAAAAAAAAAAAAAAAACCACAGGAGGCAUAAUAGGGUCAUGCUUGGGGAUGGGCUUGAGAGGGAAUCCCAGGUUACAGUAGUGUGACCUUUGG